GUCUUCAGUUUAUAAACAAAUUGCAGUGUCCGCCAUCUUGUUACACCGCGAGAAAGAGCAGUACAAAGGAGGACGCGGUUAUUUUGUCUGAACACGUAGCGAGCUAUAUCGUUAGCUAUUCUAAUUACAAAAUGAGUGACCUAGAGGAUGGACACUUUGAUGGACGAGACUCUCGCUCCCCAUCCAAAUCGGACCGUGGCAGUCCUGUUCGGGUCAAGUCGGAGAGCAGAUCCGGGUCGCCGAGCCCAUCCCGGGUCGCCAAACACUCAGAGUCUCGGUCCCGCUCUAAGUCCAGGUCUCACUCUCGUAGGCACUCUAACCGCCGGUACAGCCGCUCUCGCUCCCCUUCCAACCGGAAGAAGUCCCGCUCCUACAGCCCGGAAUACCGGAAGAAGAAGAGCCAGAGUGCAUCGCCUAACCGCCGCCACCCCAGCAGCAGGAGCCAUGACUUCAGAAAAGAGACAUUCAGUCAGGGAGCGGGAGGUGGUGAGGAUGCCAGGGCGAACCCUGACCCCAACCAGUGUCUGGGGGUGUUUGGACUGAGCUUGUACACCACGGAGAAGGACCUGAGGGAGGUAUUUGGCCGGUACGGCCCUUUGGCUGGGGUUAAUGUGGUCUAUGACCAGCGUACCGGGCGCUCCCGUGGCUUCGCCUUCGUCUACUUCGAGAGGAUCGCCGAUUCCAAGGAGGCAAUGGAGCGGGCCAACGGUAUGGAGCUGGAUGGGAGACGCAUUAGAGUGGACUUCUCUAUCACAAAGAGGGCCCACACCCCUACGCCUGGCAUCUACAUGGGCCGACCCACGCAUAAUGGUGGUGGGGAGCGAAACAAUGGCGGUGGCAGCAGCGGUGGUGGAGGGAGGAGGGGACGGGACUCGUACGACCGAUACGACGAUCGACGCGGUGGCGGGUACGACCGUGGAUAUGACCGUGGAUACGACCGGGGAGACCGGGGAUAUGACCGAUAUGACGAGUAUGACAAGUACAGUCGCAGGCGCUCUCCCUCACCCUACUACAGUAGAUACAGGUCACGCUCCAGGUCUCGCUCAUACAGCCCACGACGAUACUAACAAACUUUCAUCAAGGUCAAGUUUUUUUAUUUUAUUUUCGUUAAGCACAUUGGAACAGAGCGGAUCGGGAGCGUUGUCAAGCCAACUGAAGUGUAUGUCAACAGACGAAGCGCCUCUGCAAGAAAGUCAGUUUGUAAGAAGUCUUGUUUACGUGCUGUAGAUGUCUUUAUUUUUUUACUUUGCUGCAUCCAUGUAGUGUCUGUGCUGAAGACAGAGGAGUAAUGAAACUCAUUGUGCCCGUUUGAGUAUCUUUUAAAACACUCCCUUCUCUUCAGCUUGUCACUGAUCUAUAAGUGACUGGAUAAAUUGAAUUGCUGUGUUGCUUUCACCAAUCCAGCCUUGUCAGAUCAGUGGUUACCUCAAGGAAGGAAAGAAGGAUGUUCAAUAUUCAAAGUAUUCAAACGGGCUUAUUGGUUUUGACAGUAAAUGUGAAAUUGAUCAAGUAUCAUUGGUUUGAGGAGGGUCUUUGUUAUUAAGUUGUUAUUGGGAUAUCCUCCAGAGAUGUUUAUUUUGAUGUUUUUAUGGAAAUAAUACAACUGAAUCCCUAAUGUAAAUGUAUUUUAGUUCUGAUUUCAAAGUUCCGCUGUGUGAAGGUAUCAUUCAGAAGAGUUGUCUCUGGGAUCCGCAUGGCAAUACAGAUCUUUGAACUAAAGUUUUGAUUGAUUUUAUGUACUUGUUUUACCUGUUUGAGCAAUAAAGAUAAGUGGUGAAAUACACUGAACAAAAAUAUAAAA